GAGAAAAAAUGUAUGUCACUGUAAAAUUGAAGUGACUGGUGUUGUGGCAUAAGUUAUAAUUUUAGUUGUUGUUUUUUUAUUUAUUACUUUCAGGCGGUGAACUGGAGGAGACUUUUGAAAAAAUGCAUACUGCACUGAAUUCAUUAUCUGGCAAAACUUCGGAAAAAGUUGGGGAAAUGGCACAGUUAAUUGAGGAGAUGGCAGAGAGGGAGUGUGCACAGUUUGAGGAGGAGGAUGGGGAAGAUUCCGAAAACAGUCAAUCGGACAUGGACAAAACAAUAGAUGUUGACAAUCAAGUACAGAGAAAGGCUGUUGCGGGCAAAGCAGCCAACUUGUUCCGAGCAAGAAACACGGCCGCUUCAAGAAAUGCAGCCGCGACAAGAAAUGAGCAACCAAUUAAUCAGAAAAUGUUAGCCCUGCGGAAAAUUCUGUCGCAACUUCUGGACAAGGAAUAGAUGAGAGCGAACUGGCGUGACAUAUACACAGUGAUAAAGUCAAUCAAAUAAUUAUGAAAUUAAAUUCAUUGUAAGGGUAUCCUUAAAUUACAUAAGACUAUUAGAACAAAACAACAAUAUGUGUAAAACAUUAAAAAAAGAAUCGAAAAAAAACCCCGCAAAUAUGUGGGUAAAAACUAUUAA